AUGGCGAUAGCUCGUUGCUCCGAUAAAAUGGAGUUGAAGAAAGGACUAUGGACGCGAGAGGAAGAUCUCAUCCUCAUCAACCAUAUCCAAAGACAUGGUCACACAAAUUGGCGUGUUGUGCCUCAACAAGCUGGGUUGUUGAGGGGUGGAAAGAGUUGCAGACUCCGGUGGGCCAAUUAUUUGAGGCCAGAUAUCAAACGGGGUAAUUUCACCCGUGAAGAAGAGGAAACCAUCAUCAAAUUGCAUGAGAUGUGGGGAAACAGAUGGUCAGCUAUUGCAGCAAAAUUACCAGGACGCACAGAUAACGAGAUAAAGAAUGUGUGGCACGCCUACUUGAAGAAGAGGCUGCCACCACAACACACACAGUCGAAGCAGAGCCAAAAUAGAGAACAAAAUGCAGACCAAAGUAUGGAGUCCCAAAAAUUUGACAACCAAGAGCCAACACAGAAGGAACAACAACAACAACAACCUGUGAUGAAUUUCAAUUUCUCCACUCAUCAUGAUCAUGUGAUCAAAGUUGCAGGCAGAGAUGAAAUGCCAUUGCCAUUGACACAACCAUUGUCAUUGCCAACAUCUUCUAAACAGGACUCGAACAUGGACAUGUCUAUCUUCACCAUUAGUGAUAGCAACAACGAGCGGAACAAUAACUUAAUUGUUGCUAAUAAUAAUAAUGUUAAUAAGGAUCAUGACAUGUUGAUGAAUAACAAUGUUGAACCUCAGGGUGAUGAAUUUUGGUCUGAAUUUCUAUCAGGUGAUGAGGGUAAUCCCGACAUUGGUGUUACUGACCUGAAUUUCCAGUCUCCAUUCUCUCCAAUAUCCAGUUUCCAUAACAUGGACUUUUGGGAAAUGUUUAAAUAA